AUGGCCGAAACCUUCACCGCGAGCACCGCGCCCGCUUCGCUCGCCGAUCCACCCCGCCCCGCCCAGCGCGUCCUUCACGAUGGCAAGGAAUACACUACUGUGAAGGAGGGCAUGGCCCACAUUCUCAUCCCACCCAACACCGCCACCUCGGUCGACCCUAAGAAACACGCCAAGAGUCGCGACGACGACGAGCAGAAGCAGUCGGUUUUCUACAAUCCAAUCCAGCAGUUCAACCGCGACCUCAGUGUGCUCGCUAUUCGUGCAUACGGCGAGGAUGCUAUUGCUGCCAAAACCCGGAAAUAUCAUCAGGAAAAGUUGAGGGAAAAGAGGAAAAGUGAGCGGAAAAGGAAGGCUCGCUCGGAGAACGAGGGAGCUGCCGAGGGUAAUGACAACAAAAGAGCGAAGGUCGAUGAUGGCGCUGAGACUGCUGCAGCAGAGGAUGCAAAGGACGAUAGCACUGCUGUGCCGGACCAGCCCACAGGAGAAGCACACCACACCAAUGGCUCCUCCAAAGGCCCCAAGUUCCGCAUCCUCGACGCCCUUUCUGCAACAGGCCUUCGCGCUCUACGUUACGCCCACGAAAUCCCCUUCGCAACCUCCGUCACCGGCAACGACCUCUCCCCCUCUGCCGUCGAAGCAAUGAAGCUCAACAUCAAGCACAACCGCCUGGAGCACAAGAUCACCCCGGUUAUUGGUAACGCUGUUGCACACAUGUACCAGUUCGUUGGCCAGGAGGGCAUUGGUGGUCCAGGACAGAAGUACGACGUCAUUGACUUGGACCCUUACGGUACAGCUGUGCCAUUCCUCGACGGUGCGAUACAAGCCGUCAAUGACGGCGGCCUCCUUUGCGUUACCUGCACCGACGCUGGAGUUUUCGCCUCUACAGGUUAUCUGGAAAAGACCUACAGUCAAUACGGCGGCCUUCCCAUCAAGGGGCACCAUUCUCACGAAGGAGGCCUGCGCUUGAUUCUACAUGCUAUUGCUACGGCAGCAGCCAAAUAUGGCAUCAGCAUUGAGCCGCUCCUCAGCUUGUCCAUCGACUUUUACGCCCGUGUUUUUGUCAGAGUACGAAAAAGCCCAGCUGAAGUCAAGUUCCUUGCUGGCAAGCAAAUGCUGGUGUACAACUGUGACUCUGGCUGCGGUGCAUGGACGACCCAAUUCUUGGCCAGGAACCAUGUUCAGGAAGGCAAGAAGGGCACACCGUUCUUCAAGUACAGUUUUGCCCAGGGCCCUUCAGCACCACCGCACUGCCCUCACUGUGGCUUCAAGACUCAUCUCUCUGGCCCUAUGUGGGGCGGCCCCCUCCACAACCCUGCAUUCAUUGAGAAGAUCCUCAGCUACCUCCCUACCGUUGACAAGGACACAUAUCAAACCACCACUCGCAUCGAAGGCAUGCUUCGCACUGCGCACGAAGAACUCCUUUUCGAGACCUCCUCUCCCUACGCCCACACCUCGAACUCCUCCGAACCCUCCACUCCUGGCCCAGACGAGAUUCCCAAGAUGGAUCCACUUAUCGUGGACCACCACCCAUUCUUUUUCAACGUGUCCCAGCUCUCCAGGAUCAUGCACUGCCAGGCGCUCCCAGAUGCAGCGUUCAAGGGCGCAUUGAGGAACCUGGGAUACAGGACCACGAGAAGCCAUUGUAAGCCAGGCACCGUCAAGACAGAUGCGCCGUGGGAAGUUAUUUGGGAGGUGAUGAGGGAAUGGGUGCGCCAACGUAGCCCAGUGAUGGAGGAGAAAUUCAAAAUCAACACACCUGGUCGAGGUGUCUGGGAGAAGAAGAGAACGGUCGAAGACGUGGAGAUGGUGGAUGAAGCCAAGGAUGGAGAGAAAAAGAGCGAGAAGGAAGGAGAGAGUGGAGAAAAGGAAAGCGGAAGCGCCGGUGUUGAGCCGCAGUUGAACGAUGAGAAGAAGAAGAGGCAAUGGGCAUCGGGCGAUGGUUUGGACAAGUUGCACAAGCUGGAAAUUGUCUUUGAUGAGAAAUUGGGGAAGGAUAAGGAGGAUAAGAAGUUGGUGCGGUACCCGAUGAACCCGAGAGCAAAUUGGGGCCCGAUGAAUAGGGCGAAAUAG